GUAUCGGAGGAGAUCUAAACUGAAUCCGAUCCUAAACUCAAAUUUAACUCUGAUCCUAUCUGAAAGGAUUUUAUUGUCCGGUAGUUUGAGCAUUGGAUGUUACUCAAAUUUAACCCGAACCAAUUAUGCUAAAAGUACCUAAAAGUUUGAAAAAUCUUAGUUAUAAUAUAAAUAAUAUUGGAAGAUUCUAUUUAGGUUGGGUAUGUUACAAAUCUCCUUACACCCCAAUUAAUGGUAACAAAUUAUUUUACUUAUAAUUUGUAUCUUUAUAAUUUUGUUAUACUAGGACCGCACCACAGUUAUUUUGCAUGUUGCCAUUUGGAUCUUUAGUAUCCGAAACAAAUAUUUCAAAUAUAAAUAAAUAAAUAAUUUAAUAAAAAUUAAUUUAAAUAUAAAAUAUCAUUUUUAUUUUUAGUAUCCUGUCAUAUAUUACUUUUUCAACAUCUACCUAUGUUAUUGACCACAUUUAUGAAUAUUUUAAAAUCAGUCUAAUAUAUACAUUUGAUUAAUUAUUUAAUAUGUACCCUUUCUAUUUCAGAUUACUUGUCAUUGUAAGGUAAAAUAUUUGUUUCCAAAUAAAUAUCGUUUUAUAAUUUUAAUGUAAAAUUUAUUAGUUUUACAUUUUAAUCUAUUUUUCAAUUGAUUAAAAUAUGGUUAAGUUUAUUGAUAAUGAUUUUUUUUAUCUAGUAAAUAUACAAAAUUAAAUGUUUUUUCAAUUUGUAUAUCGAAAUCUAAAAGAACAAGUAAUCUGAAACAAAGAAAGUAUUAGUUUUUAAAUAAAUUUAAGUUUAAAUAAAUAUUUUGGAUAACCUGAUAAAAACCCAUCAGAUAUAAAUAAAAUAAAAUAUUUCGGAUAAAAAUAUCCGACCACAUCAUGAAAAAAAGCGCCAAGAUUCAAAAAGUUCUUUAAGUUUAAAUUAUCCGACUCGAAACCGAACUGCCUCGAGCUCACCUGUAUAAAAGGGGAUAAUAUCCCCGGAUUCGCAAAUCCCAAUUAGUUUUCGACACUUUCUAGGGAUCAAAAGCUAAAUAAAACACUCGUCGCCACUCUAAUCUGAGAAUCAGCAACACGAAUUGAUUAUUUUUCCUCUCUUAGCAAACACGUGUUUCUUCAGCAUCUCGAUUUUCACGGAAAAGAGAAAAACAAAAAUAGAUUCUUUUGCCGUCAUGAAGAAUUUGUUUCCGUUUUCGGACGCUCUUUCACUUCGUUCCACAUUAAUCUUUCGCCGUUAUCUCGUCAUUAAGAGGGAAGGAAAGCUUCGAUGAAGGAGGGUCACGGCUGGAAGAAGAUUAUGAGUUUGUUGAUUGUUGCUGAAGCAGAACACACCUCACAAGAGCCUUAGCAACAAGAAGCGAACAAAAAAAUGGUCGAGACGCGAGCUCAGCAUCGAAGGCGAGUGACAUCACAGACAUGGGGUAAGGUAGAAGGUGCCGAAGAUGUGUUUCAUGACAUCUUAUCUCGACUGUCAGUAAGGUCUAUCCGUUCAUUCAAAACGGUUAACAGAUACUGGCAUGCCUCAAUUAGCAACAAACAUUUUGCUACAAAACAGCUAGCUCAGUCGAGAAAGAAGCCCUCAUACAUAGCUUGUCCUAGAGCAGACAAGGCUAUGAAGUUGUACUUGUUGAAGCCAGGGAAGUUCAACUAUCGACACCAUGCUACAGUUGAUCCUCCGGGAAGAAGCGCUGAUCACAGCAUGCACAUGAUAGCAUCGUUCAAUGGAUUAGUAUGCUGCAUCAACCAACUCUGUGAUGAAAAUGAAGAUCAUCAGAUAUGGAUUUGCAAUCCCUCUACUGAAGAGACUCUGCUUCUUCCUCAAGGCAGACCAUCUGUUUGGACUGAACCAAGUAUUGGAGUUGCAUAUGGUCCUGACAUUAGCGACUACAAAAUUUUCCGCAUAUUCUGUGUGGGCAGGAGAAACGCUGGAAAAGGGGAUUAUCUCUACGAAUGUGAGGUGUAUUCAUCUAGCAGUGGUGCGUGGAGGGGCAUCGGCCCUGUGCUUCAUCUUCCAAUGUAUGUUUACUUCCGUCCACACAGAUCCGCUCAUGUCUUUGCAGGAGGGAAGAUCUACUGGCUGGUUUCUCUGAAAGAUCCUGCAGGUAUAAUGCUCUCUGUGGAUAUGGAGGAGAACUUCGAAGUUAUGAAGCUGCCUUACUAUUCAACAGACCUGCGUGACGAAGACAGGAUAACAGUUACGACGUAUCUGAUAAACCUGGGAGGAUCUCUGUCACUUGUAGUUCUACAUGUGGAUUACUUUGACGUAUGGGAGUGGACAGAAGCUAGUUGGGUACUUGUAAUCGAAGAUUAUUUGCCAUUCAUGAACUUUUGUGAUAUUGUAUUAUUCAUGACCUCGUCAGAGAAGGAGAUCCUGUUUGUGACUGAGUCGCACUUGUGGACUUAUCAUUUGGAUACUAGAAAGUGGAGAAAAAGGGGCAGGCCUCCUACUCGAUUUACGAAUCCUGCUAUCUUCCCCUUCACCGAAAGCCUUCUUCCAUGCAAUGGUGGGGUGAGGCUAGCAGGAAAGUGAAGAUGAGUAUUUAUUAUCUCUGGCUUGCUGGUGGUGAUGGACAAAGUCUUUGCGUGGUGGUGCUUGAUUUAUGUUGCAAGAGGCUGUGUGUUUCUCACUGGAUACUCUGUUUUUAUUUUUCUGUUCUAAAACUUUCCAUUUCGUUUAAGCUUUCUGGUUUGCAUCAUGUCCUAAUCUUUUGGUUUUGAACUUUGUGUGUUUUCCGUUUGUUGGUGUAAAAACUUAUUUGUGACAUUUGUUUUUGGUGUAAAGCCUUUAUGACUUUAUCAAUAGUAAUAAGCUUUGUCUUGUCUCGGAAGCAGAACACACUUCACAAGGUUAGUUUCUACUGUGUUCAUAUACAUUGAUUUGACAAUAAGGAAAGUAACAAAUAUGUAUCCGUUAACAUCAUCAUACACAUUGAUUAGUGUGCACUAGAAAGAAUUGUAUUCUGCUUGAGGACUACUUCUAUAUGCCUAAGAUAGAAUGAUUCUCAUCUGUUCUGCAUGGAUUUGGAAUGGGACUUGCUGCUCUAUAUGAAAUCAAAUGCGACUUUUUUCUCUUAAAUUUCUGAAAAACUAUCCUUUCUGAAUUUAAAUAAUUGAUUUUUUUUGGUGCAAAAUGGACCCAUUAAUUAGACAUCUAACUAGGCAACAAAUAAAAUUUUUUGAGCUUUUUCUCGCCAUUUUUUCUUAUUAAGAUGAGCAUUUUACCAGUCAUUGUUGCUAUUCCUAGAGUCUGCAUUUUCUGAAAUCUGUAUUUUGGAAAAUGGCAGAAUAUAUACAUCUCAUUUUCUCUGCAUGUAUAUAACAUGUAAGCAAGUUAUUAGGAACUCAUGGCCAAAAGGUGGAUAGAUAUGAAUGCCCAUUUGACACUCUAAUUUUUUUGUGGGAGGGUUCCAUUCUAAAUCAAUGCAUGUAUUAGAUUGUACUCUGUUAUACACUGUAUUCCAGUAAGUUGAAAUAUCAAAAUGUCCAUGAGAAUAAAAUUAUUCUUGCUUAAAUAAACUUGCAAUCAUUUUCCUCUAGUCAUAUCUUAAAACAAAAUUAUUUAGCAACUAAAUUAAAGCCGUUGACGGAACUAAUACUUUUGAACACUUUCAAUCAAUCCCUCUAGUCAAUAUCCGAAAAAAUAACAAGUUAACUAUAGUUUUCGACGGCUUUCAAGUAUAUAGCAACUCUAUUAUGGUAUUCAAUAUGUUUAUAUGUGUAUCUAAGAUCUUGUUGUGAAUGCAAACAAAGUCUCCUAUUAGAAGUUUAGACAAAUAAUGUUUAGUAUAUAAAACGAUGUCCACCAACGCUGAUUAAUACGAGAUUUUUGGGAAAGAGCCCAAUAACAAAGCUAUGCGGUCUUACCUCUUAAGCCCAAAGUGGACAAUAUCGUACUAAUGGGCUGAUAUGGGCUCGAGAAAACCCAACAGAUCUGAAUUUUGCAACAUGAUAAUUUGUUAGAUUUGUUUCCUUUGGUUAGGAUUAGGUAUGAUCAUUUAUAUGUGGUUCUGAUUCUUUAAAGAUAUGCAAAAAACGGCGAUGAAACAAUUAUUUUGAUUCCGGGGCGACGGAUUUUGCUUCUGCAACAAAUUCUUGAUUUUGCGUUGGUAGCCUUAGCAACAAGAAACAAACAAAAAAAAUGGUCGAGACGCGAGCUCAGCAUCGCAGGCGAGUGACAUCACUGACAUGGGAUGACGUAGAAUCUAAACAAGAUGUCUUUCGUGACAUCUUAUCUCGACUCUCAGUAAGGUCUAUCCGUUCAGUGAAAACGGUUAACAGAUACUGGCGUGACUCAGUUAGGGACAAACAUUUUGCUACGAUACAUCUCGAUCAAUCGAGAAAGAAGCCCUCAUACAUAGCUUGUCCUAGAGUAAACAACGCUAUGGAGCUGUAUUUGUUGAAGCCAGGGGAGUUUGACUUUCGACACCACGCUACAGUUGAUCCUCCGGGAAGAAACGCUGAGCACCACAUGCUCAUGAUAGCAUCGUUCAAUGGAUUAGUAUGCUGCAUCAACCAACUCUCUGAUGAAAAUGAAGAAGAUUACCAGAUAUGGAUCUGCAAUCCUUCUACUGAACAGACUCUGCUUCUUCCUCAGGGCCGACCAUCGUUUUGGACUAAACCAAGCAUCGGAGUUGCUUAUGGUCCUGACAUGAGCGAGUACAAAAUUUUCCGCAUAGUCUCUGAUGGUGAGAAUGGAGCAGGUUUGCACAUAGAGUGUGAGGUGUAUUCUUCUAGCACUGGUGCGUGGAGGAUCAUCGGCGCUGUGCCUCAUCUUCCAAUGUAUGUUUUUCUUAUCCCACACAGAUCCAGUCAUGUCUUUGUAGGAGGAAAAAUCUACUGGCUUGUUUCUUUGGAAGAUCCUGGUAUAAUCCUCUACGUGGAUAUGGAAGAGAGAUUUGGAGUUAUGGAGCUGCCUUACUAUUCACCAGACCUGCGUUACGAAGACAGGAUGACAGUUACGACGUAUCUGAUAAACCUGGGAGGAUCUCUGUCACUUGUAGUUCUACAUGUGGAUUACUUUGACAUAUGGGAGUGGAAAGAAGCUAGUUGGGUACUUGUAAUCGAAGAUUAUUUGCCAUUCAUGAACUUUUCUGAAACUGUAUUAUUCCUGACGUCAUCAGAGAAGGAGAUCCUGUGUGUGACUGAGUGGCAAUGGUGGACUUAUCAUGUGAAUACUAGAAAGUGGGAAGAAAGGGGCGGGCCUCCUACUCAAUUUACGAGUCCUGCUAUGUUCCCCUUCACCGAAAGCCUUCUUCCAUGCAAUGGUGGGGUGAGGCUAGAAGGAAGGUGAAGAAGAGUAUUUAUCAUUUCUGGCUUGCUGGUGGUGAUGGACAAAGUCUUUGCGUGGUGGUGCUUGAUUUAUCUUGCAGAGGCUGUGAACAUCUCACUGGAUAUUCUGUUUUUAUUUUUCCGUUCUAAAACUUCUCAUUUCGUUUAAGGUUUCUGGUUUGCAUCAUGUCCUAAACUUUUGGUUUUGUACUUUGUGUUUUAUCGUUUGUUUCGGUUUGUAAACCUUUAUCAACAGUAAUAAGCUGUGUUUCCGAACCAAGGUUUUCAUCCUACUAUAUAAAAGGAACUAAAUCCUAGCUUUUCUAGAAGUGCCACAUGGGCAAAAUAAUCUCCACCUAUCAAACUGCCAUGUCACUAACGGACUGGGCUUCGAAUUAAAAUUGCAAUAAAAGAUUUGGGUUUCGUUGUCGCUUACAAAAAUCUCGGUUUGUCUACGAUUUGCCGGUAGGCCAGAUAAAAAAAAAUCCCGCAGCCGAGCCCAUUAACCCAAAUCACCGUCUUCAUAAAACUAUUUCCUUCGGACAAUUACUUAUUUCAACUGUCAAACUAUUUUCUUUUGAAUUUUCUAUUUUUUCAGAUAAUUUAUUAUUUCUACUGUUUUCUUUAACAAUGUGUGAACCGGUUAAGUUUCCUUUCAUCUUAAAAUUGUCCGUCCAAGAUAACACAACCCCCUCAUUUCAUACACAGACACUAUAAAUUUCUAAAAAAAACCUAAAUUCUACUAUCAAACCCACCCAACAAAUUUACAACUACCAGUUCCAAUUACUCAUGCUUCGACCUCAUUCAAAUAAUUAUGGGCCAGCCUACAUAACCAUGUCAAUAAUUUAAAAAAAAAACAAACAAACCAUAACUAUGUUCACUUCAAAAAAAUAUGAAAUUAAUAAAAGAUGGGGAAUACAAAAUAAUUCUCAUUCUUAUCUAUGCAGAACAUACAGCAGAAGAUCAAAACAAUUGGGGCGACACCCUCGGACCGCAUCCAAUAAUCGUUAGGAUCAUUAGGAUGUGGCCCAUCACAAAUCACAAAAAUAAAAAUACUUUUCUAGGAACAACUUUCAUUUGUCUUGACAUCCAGAUUUGUCUUAAAAAUACUUACUUUUAAUUAUUCCAACUACAUUUCAAAUGAUGGCUUUUAACCACUAAACAAGAACAAAUAAUGGAAGAGAGGGUGUCUAUUUCUACGUCUAACACAAUCUACCAACGCUUCGAAGAAGGAAAAAUUUAUCACAUUAGAUAUUUUAAUCUUCUUUCCAAUAACCAACGGUACAGACUUACCGUUCAACCAUACAUAAUCAAUAUCAAUGAGACAACAAUUAUUACACUGAUUCAAGAAAACAUUCCACCGAUCCCUUCAUACAUAUUCCGGCCCCAACGCUACCACCAGUUGAUCAUGUUAGCAAAUGCAACCAACUUCCUCCCAGGUUAAAAAAAAACAAUAACUCUCUCACAUACAAAUAAAUACUAAAUUUUUGUCCCUAAAACCAAAUUAUUCAUAAAGAUGUUGUUGGCCGCAUAUACCUCAUCCAAGGAAGUGAUUUAUAUAACCACUACACAGAUUCAAAAAUCAUCAUUGGAUUGCGUUUAGACAUGUACUAACUUUUUAUUAAAUAACAAUUGGUUUACAACUAAACAAAAUAUAAUACAAUAAUUAUUUGUAGAUCGAAAUUGGUACGUCUAACUUUAUGGGACAAGAAGGAGUCUAAUUUCAGAGAGUUAAAUCACAUAUAUACUAGAAAAAAACAAAUCGUAAUCAUCACAAGUAUCAUUCCACGGUUACAUGAACGUAAUAAACUAAACAUAAAGUUUAUGUCAAAAUAAAUGCUUACAAAUAUUUGACUUUUUCAGGAAAACUAUCACUCACAACCACACCUGGAUCGUGCUUCUAUUUUGACAACGAUAUUGGUAUCAUACAACGCUUCCAAAAGAGGAAUAAACUUCUAUCCUAAGCCUCAUAGCAAACGACACCAGCCAACUUUAAAAAAAAUUACGUUACCGCUUCCUACGUCAAUUAAAUAGGCACACUCAAAUACUAUUUUCUCUUACGAAUAUUGAAUUCCUCAAAAAAAUUUAUUAUUCAAAUUUACUGUUGUUUUAAAAAAAAUGAUCACCGCUUCCAACGUCUUCGCAUUAUAAAAUAAACAAAACAUAACUUACCCUUUCAGAAACUUUAAAACUUUCAAUUUUAAUUGAACUGGACUUUUAUUAAACAUGUAAUCCGCGCGAAGCGCGGAUACCGACUCUAGUUUAUAUAAAAAGGGAAGCGUUAGUGAUUUGUCCAGGGCCCGGCUUACACAGGAAAACUUUUGCGACCGUCCCAAGUCCAUUCUUCUAUUUUUAAUAGGUAAACAAUUUAUUUAAAUAAAUACUUAUCAUAGUUUGACAAAAAUAUUUAUCAGAAACAUUUUUAAGAAUAUAAGAAAGAGUGUCUCUCUACAAACACAUCCAGUAACUAUCUGGAACAAAGGAGCUUAUCAUGCCGGUUCCUGCUUUCAUUGUAAUCAAUUGAGGCACUUAGAAUCGUUUGGCUAUGCAAGAGUUUAUUAUGAUUCUCUGCCGGCAGGAGGAACCUCUUCUUUGCGGCCUUUCAGAUGGGAAGUGAAGGUCUUUCAAAAUUUUCAUUGACAGCAUGGAAACUAAAUAUGGGUUGGUCAGCCAUGACAUAAAUAAGUUACUACAAUCUCAUCAAUCAUGUCUAGAAGAAAAAAAACUACUAGUAAAAAACCUGAUUUUUUGGUAGAAAAUUUUAUAAUUGAAGAUUUUUAACCUUUUCCCAUGAUAUAAAUAUUUUUCAACAUUUCAGAAAAAUAUUUUGAAGUUUAGGAAAAAAAUCAAAUGGAUAAUGGUAAAUAUCUUUUCAGUGUAGUACUUAACACUAACAAAAAAAAUAUUUUUUGAAAUCAAAAAUGCAAAAAUCAUCCACAUGAACAAAUAUGGAGGACAGCCGACCUAACUCAUAAUUUUUCAUAACUACAAUUUCCAUCACUCUCUGAUCAUGAGAUACCCCAAGACUAUCUGCUAAAUCUAUGACAAUUUCUCAAUGUGUCUUGAAAGUUGAAACAAUAAAUAAAAUCCUUACUUUACACUACAAAUUUCACCGAAUCUUUCCUAACCAUUUUUUCAAAAAAAAAAGAAGUAUAUAUAUAUAUAUUUUUUUCCUAGGGAAUUUACCAAAACUAAC